AUGGCGCCAACAAUGAUGAAAGCUGCCGUCUGCAAAGAGGUUGGCCAACCCCUCGUCAUCGAAGAAGUCCCUGUCCCCAAACCAGAAGGCCGGCACCUCCUCGUCCGCGUCCAAGUCGCAUCCCUCUGCCACUCCGACGUAAGCAUCGUCACAGGCGCAGUCCUAGGCGGACCACCUGUCCCCCUGAUAAUCGGCCAUGAAGCCAUCUCCGUCGUCGAAGAGCUCGGCCCCGACGCCGCCAAAUAUGGCAUCAAAGUCGGUGAUCGGGUCGGCACGCCCCUCUGGCAAGACUGGUGUUUCGAAUGCUAUGAAUGCAAAGAGAUCGCCCCGCAAUUUUGCCCCAAGAUUACCAUGAAGGGCGUGAAUGCCCCCGGAUACUUCUGCGAGUAUACGACCGUGGACGCAGCGACUGCAGUGGUGAUCCCGGAAAAUACGCCCGCGAGUCCGGUGCAGCUUUCGCCGAUUUUCUGCGCGGGGGUCACGGUUUGGGAUGCGCUUAGUCGAGCUUGUUUGAAGCCGGGUGAGACGCUUGCUGUUGUCGGGGUUGGUGGGCUUGGGGAGAUUGCGACCAAGUAUGCGCAGGCCCUUGGAGUGAAGGUUGUUGGGAUUGAUGUGCGGGAUGAGCAGUUGAUUGGAGUUAAGGAGGGUGGGAGUGCGGAUGAGAUUCUGAAUUCGCGCGAUUUAAAGCUGACGGAGGUGAAGGAGCGCGUGCGGGAGUUGAAUAAGGGACGUGGUGUUGAUGCGGCGGUUGUUACGUCGGGUUCGAAGCCGGCGUAUCUUACUGCUCUUAAUAUUCUCAGAGCUGAGGGUCGGUUGAUGGCUGUUGGGAUUCCUGGGGAGUAUGUUCCAAUUAAUAUGGGGCUAGUGGCUACCCAGGCUAUCAAGAUCAUCGGUGCCAAAGUACCUGGCCAGAUUGGCACAGCGGCUUGUUUGGAUUUCUGCCAUCGCAAAGGAAUCUAUCCUAAGGUCCACCCGAGAAAGUUCCAAUUGGAGGAUAUCAAUGAGAUGAUGGAUCUGAUGAAGGCGGGCAAGGUGGACGAUGGACGGAUGGCUGUUCAGUUCUUCUAG